GUACCCACACGGCUCACCAGCCAGCCUGCCCUUGCCCCUUGCGCCGCUGCUGGUGUGGUGUGGCCUUCCCCCAGUCUAUAACUGGGCGGCGCAUGUAGUACAGAGUAGAGAGCUGCACGGGCGCCCCCCUCCCCCUCGUGAUUGAGUUCGCUGGCUCGCGGGGAACGCUCCAGCUUCCAGCUAGGAUCCGAAAGGAACUCGCCACCAGCUCGUCCUUUCUCUUGGCUCCUCUUCUUACUCCAGUGAGGAGCAAGCUCGCGACAUUUGAGCUCGUCUCGGUUUCUUUCUUGCUCUGCUCCGCUGCUGCUGCUGCUUCUUCUUCAUCAUCUCCGGUGGGCUGCGCGAUGGAGACGGCGUUAGCGCUGGCGGCCGCCGUGCUCCUCUUGUCCUCCACGCUCGUUGCUUCAGAGUUCUGCGUGUGCCGGUCCGACCAGCCGACGGAGGCGCUGCAGAAGGUGAUCGACUUCUCGUGCGGCAACGACGCGGACUGCUCGUCCAUCCUGCAGGGCGGCGGGUGCUACAACCCCAACAACGUCGCCGCGCACUGCUCCUGGGCCGCCAACAGCUACUACCAGAACAACAAGGCCAAGGGCGCCACCUGCGACUUCGGCGGCGCCGCCACCAUCUCCACCGCCGACCCCAGUUUCUCCGGGUGCACUUUCCCUUCGACUGCCAGUGCUUCCGGGACGGCGGGCACCACGACCGUGGGCGGCGCGACGCCGACGACGGGCACCCUGAGCCCCGGCGUGGGCACCGGGUUCAACGGUACGGCGGUGGGAGGCGGCGGCCUGGGCCCGGUGGGCACCAUGGACAGCGCUUCGGCCGGCCUGCUGCUCCCCGGCGCCUUCUUCCUCGCCGCCGCCAUCCUCUCGCUCCUAGCCCUGCACUAGCUCCCCCUAGCUAGCUCCUCCGUUCUCAGUAGUUCUUGGUCCAGUAGUUGUUCCUUCUCUGAACCACGUCAAGAAAGGAAGAAUGGGAUGUGAAUUGGUUGGAGGGGUUCCAGUUUCAGCACUAACCCACUCACUACCCGUGUGGCUGCUGCUUCUUGUUGCUGCCUUGAGCGGUUGAGCCUUCCUAGUGGCAUCGGUGGUUGGGGUGGGGUGGGGUGUAUUUUUGGCGCCUUUUCAGCAUGCUGCUGGUGUAUGGUUUGAUUUCAUUCGGUGGUGGGAUGGCUGUCUCUGUCAUGCAAGGACCAUUGUCUUUCUUGUUCCUUUUGUUUGGCUAUUAUUACUUACAAGAGUUGUUGCUAGCAUAUUUGUUUUUGUACUCUCUAUCUCCUUUGUUUUGUGAUGUUUUGCUUGUAACUAAAUGUAGAGGAAGCCAAUGGCUUUCAUUAUUCAGGAUCAGUCAGUCUCACAGUCUGGAUGAUCUUAGCUA